AUGGAGCUGCCCAAUUACAGCAGGCUGCUAAUGCAGCAGCUCCGCGCCCUGAGGAAGGAGGGUAAGUUCUGCGACUGCUCUAUCAUCGUGGGGGACACCCCCCAUCGCGCCCACAAAGUGGUGCUGGGGGCAUCCAGUCUUAUUUUCAGGUCUCUGCUGGAGGGCACAGGCAGCAUCUGCAACGACACGGACUUAGUGUCUUCCCAGGAGUUUUCCUGCAUGCUGGACAUGGUGUACACCGGAAAAAUGUCCCCAGGGAAACACAACUUCACCCGCAUCAUAGCCACCGCAGACAGCCUGCAGAUGUUCGACGUGGGCAACAAGAACAUCGACACCAACCUGAUGAGGCAGUCGACUACACAACCAGUCUCACUUCACCAACCGCCACCCAAUCACAGCUCAAACAGUUUCAGAGCCAGGGUGCCAAGCACACAGCUUCCGCAGAGACAGCUGCCCCUAGCAUUGGAGAGUGUGUGA